AUGAAGACAUUGAAUACAAUUAUAUAUCAAUCAACUAAAAGAAACAAGACAAGACAUAUUGAAAGAUUAAAUAUAAAAACACAAGAUUUUGAAGAUGAAGCCAUGGAAAUGGAGAAAAAAGACUAUCAAAAAAUUAAAAAACAGAGUAACACCAUAAAAAUGCUGAAUAAAGAAAUCUUUGAAACCCAAGUAAGGAUGUUAUCUCAUGAAACUGAAUUAAUGACUAAAAAUAACAAAAUAAAAUGUUUGGAACAAGAAUUAAAAGAUUUAGAUAGUGUGGGCAGAAAUAUGGUCAAUGCAAUAAAAAUAUUAGAAGAGGAAAAUAAUCAGUACCAAGAAGAACUUAACAAACUAAGAAUAGAGGCUGCACAAGCCCGACUGCCAAAUAUUUGCGUACUGAGAAAAACUAUCAGACGAAAAAGCUACGAGAUUCAAGCUGCACCGGUCAAAACAGAAUUUACAUUUUUGGAAGAGACAUCUGUCUUCAGCAUUUUUAGACUUUGCCAACAUGGAUUUCAAUCAAAAUAUACACAAAAAACCUACGGAGCUUAA